GUUGCUUUCUGAAUUAGUUGAUGAGAUUUUAUUAAAUUAAAUAAUAAGGAGCUUAAUGAGCUUGGAUAAUGUAUAUGGUGUGGUCGAUGAGGCAAUGGAUAAGUUAUUGGAAUACUUGCAUUAGAAUAAGCAAAUAUGUUAAAAUUACAAUUAGCAAAAUGAGUUUAGGAACAAAUUCAAGUAGUUGGUGGAGGAUGGAAAAAAUUAUCAAAGUGAAUAGACAGAAGAUGACAUGAGUGAAUUCGAUUUCUAUUUGCAGAAUCCAAUCGAUAGAAAACGUCAUGGAUCUUUCAGAGUAUUCAAUCCAUUGGUGUUUUUAGCGAAGGAGAUUAGAAAACAUGAAUAAAUUUGAUUUAUUAUAAGUUAGUACUAGUAUUAU